ACCCGUGACCUGUGCGUCAGCUGUCAAGCCGCACAACACGCAUGCACACGCCGCGGUGCUCAGUCCGUCUCCGUUUGCGAGGUUUGUUUGGACAACGAAUGAAUCAGAAAAUGCCCAUAGAGACCUGGAACACUCUCAGUUCGGUGGCUGUAACGUUGCUCCCCAUCGAGCUGGACCGAAGCGACUCGCUGACAGGGGAGUAGUCUGACUCGGGUUUAUGUCAGUUAGAGGUGGAGGAGGAAGGUGAACAGGUUUUCCGGUGUUGCAACGUUGCAUACUUGCUAAUAAGCUAGCAUCGGACCGUUGGAACCAACCGGCAUCGUUAGCUUAGGCUAGCAAAGCAGAUGAAGCCGCACCGAACGGAAGGAAAUGCGGCGUGAGCUCGUCUUUAAUGUGCUUUUAAUGUGUCGUUUUUAAGCACUCGUUGGUGUAUUUAAAAGAAAAAAACAUGUUAAGAGCGUCCCUCAGGUGAGGUGACAGGCGGAGGAGGUGGCGAGGUUGAGUGGCUUGGAUAGUUAUGAGCAGUUACCGUUUUACAGCCAAGACCUCCACACUGAGCUCGUCGCUGGACGCUAAAGGUUCGCCGGUCAGCGUCGACGCGGCCAACAACAACAAGGAGUGGGCGCUGGGAAGCGAUGUGUUCCCGUGCUGUCACGAGAUGAGCCCCAUGGACGAGGCGAUGCAGGCGGGGAUGUCCUCGGUCCAGCCGGGACUGGACGGACACCUGCCGCUCCUCCACGCCAGGCACCACGGCGCUCAGAGCGGACUGCUGUUCGACCUGACCCCCCCGGCAGCCUACCUCGACAGCGGUUCCCCGGAGUACAGCGACACCGACGCGAACAACGCGGGUCCGUUGUUCGAGAGGAGGAAGAGGUCGCGGUCCAACAGCUCCAGGCACCGCUUCAGCGAGGUGGUCACGGAGCUCGGUCCGGAGGAGGUGCGGUGGUUUUACAAGGAGGACAAGAAGACCUGGAAGCCCUUUCUCGGGCAUGACUCGCUUAAGAUCGAGCUUAUGUUUAGGAAGUACUGUGAGUUGAACCCCGGUGGGUCAGGCUCCCAGUGUGGCGGUGAGGUGGAGGAGGAGUGCGGCGGCAAUAACGGCGUGGAGAGCAGAGGGCUGAACGGCGCGGUGCCGGUGGAGACGAGGACCAGCAGUGUGCACGGAGGCCGGGGCUCGCUGGACACAUCCACCGUGUCUUCGGAUGAGAGGGACCCUGACAGCAUUGAAAUCAACGUUGAGCCUGUCUGUGUGCGGGGAGGGCUCUAUGAAGUGCAUGUUAAAGAAAGGGAAUGCAGUCCUGUUUACUGGAAGCAACAAGAUCAUAUUCCAGUCAUGAGAGGCCAGUGGUUUAUCGAUGGUACCUGGCUCCCGUUAGAGGAAGAGGAGAGCGACCUCAUCGAGCAGGAGCACCUGAACCAUUUCCGUGGGCAACAAAUGCAGGACACCUUCGAGACGGAUUUGGUGGUCAAGACCGUCGACAGCAAAGAUGCCAUCCACAGUCUGAAGCUGAGUCGGACCCAUGUGGAUUGGCAUAGCGUGGAUGAAGUAUACCUCUACAGCGAUGCCACCACUUCCAAAAUUGCACGCACCGUCACCCAGAAACUGGGUUUCUCCAAAGCCUCCAGCAGUGGGACACGGCUGCAUCGAGGUUAUGUUGAGGAGGCCUCACCUGAGGACAGACCUCCUCAGACUACACAUGUUGUCUUUGUGGUUCAUGGGAUUGGACAGAAGAUGGACCAGGGACGCAUCAUUAAAAACACUGGAAUGCUGAGGGAGGGUGUGAGGAAGAUGGAGGAGAAGCACUUUGCGGAGCACAACGACGAGCAUGUGGAGUUCCUGCCUGUCGAGUGGCGCUCCAAACUUGCACUGGAUGGAGAUACGGUUGAUUCAAUAACACCGGACAAAGUGAGAGGACUGAGAGAUCUUCUCAACAGCAGUGCCAUGGAUAUCAUGUACUACAACAGCCCCCUUUACCGUGAUGAGAUUACCAAGGGCCUAACCCAGGAGCUAAACAGACUGUACACACUUUUCUGCUCUCGGAACCCUGAGUUUGAGGAGAAGGGAGGCAAAGUGUCCAUCGUGUCUCACUCCCUCGGCUGCGUCAUCACUUAUGACAUCAUGACAGGAUGGGAUCCUGUGCGCUUCUGUCUGCAGGAGCAUCACGCUGUGGAGGAGGAGCUGGACCUGCGCUGGAUGUCCUAUGAGGAGAGGCACGUUUUAGAGCAGCUGCGGGUCACGAGGACGAGGUUAAGAGAACUGGAAAAUCAACUCCUCACACUGGAGGCCUCUAAACCCUUAGCACCCCCAGCCCUCAAAUUUAAGGUGGAAAACUUCUUCUGCAUGGGCUCUCCUCUGGCGGUGUUCUUGGCCCUGAGAGGGAUACGCCCCGGCACCAGCUGCCAUCAGGACCACAUCCUUCCCACCGCCAUCUGCAGCAGGCUCUUCAAUGUCUUCCACCCCACAGACCCUGUGGCCUACAGACUGGAACCCCUCAUCCUCAAACAUUACAGCAAUAUUGCCCCUGUUCAGAUACACUGGUGCAGUGCCAUUAACCCCACAUCGUAUGAUGAGAUCCGACCAACCUUCCUAAACCCAGUCAAAGAUCCAACAUCUGACACUGAGAGCAUCCCCAGCCCCAGCACUUCUCCUGUCCUCCCCCGCAGACACUAUGGAGAGUCCAUAACCAGUUUGGGCAAGGCCAGCAUACUAGGAGCGGCGAGCAUAGGGAAGGGCAUUGGAGGCAUCCUCUUCUCACGUUUCUCCCGCUCCAACAGCCAGCCCUCAGUGUCUUUAGGACUGGACGGAGGGACAAACACUGAUGAAGAGGAGCAGAAGCGAACAGAAAGCCAGUCAGCAUACGGCCUCUCCACCAUGGCCCGGCCCACCUCACCCAUUGCUGACACUUCGCUGGAACUGGAGCGGCGCAUCGACUUUGAGCUCCGAGAGGGUCUGGUGGAGAGUCGUUAUUGGUCAGCAGUGACCUCACACACAGGCUAUUGGGUCUCACAUGACAUUGCACUUUUCCUGUUGACCUUCAUAUACAAGCAGAAGACGCCACCCUCUGAUUUGGCAGAAGAUACUCCAGAACCGGACUGAGGCAGCACAUUUGUUACAACACAUUCACACUUGAAUGGUGUCUUAUAUCCCUGAGGGGUCAUCUUCUUGAUGAGACACAAGAAGAAACAUUUAUUUUUCACGCACAAAAACUUCUCAAAUACACUAAUUAUCUCUUUACCUGAAGCUCCCUGUGAUCCAGCUCUUUUAAAACUUGGGAGUAAGUAGUGACCAACUGACCUAAUUCCAAGACGUGCAUUUUGGUCUCUCUUUGUGUAGUUUGUACACAGUUGCACACCCUAAGGGUGACAGUGUUGGACAAGGAACCCCUAAGGAGGUGCACCCUUUUCCAGUAUGACCACGAGCUACAUAUAAACACAGAAUAUGAUGCUAAUGAGGUGGAUGCAUGGAGUUUGCUGCACCCAGAGGAAGAGAACUCUAACUUCAUCUCCAAGUCUUGAACCUAAAACAGCCUGUUGAUAAAGUGUCCAAACGUUUUCCUAGUGAUCACUGCUUGCAUCCAGCCUCUCUCCAACAAACUCAUUCUGGAGCCUUGUGACACACUUGCCUGACCCUCCGUCUCUGAGGCCUCGAGUUCUGUUUUUUUUUUUUUUUUUACAAGGAGAGAGAAAUAUAAUUGUCACAAAACAGAGGUUUUAUCUUUAGAAUAGAGUACUACAUCAAAAAAGAAACUUAAUGCUAACAAGCAAAUGCAAUGCCUUUCAAAAUUAGCCAAAUAUUAUUAUUCAUGCAGAAUAUUUCUGUUAAGUUUUUCUUUAAAAAUGUAGGGCAUUAUCCCUUUAAUAAUGUUUUGGAAGUACAAAGACAGACAUAACAAACAUGCUAUUUUCAGUUUGUUUUCUUCCUCUAUUUAUUUUUUUAUGUUCGCCUCUUUUUAACAUUGUUUGACUCUUGACAUAGAUAUGCACCAAAAGAAAACAUGAGCUAAAUUCCACUUUUAUAUUCUACACCAUCAACUAAAUGUCUCUUACAGAUGAUCAUUGCAUCAUCAGUUUCAAUGUUACAUUAACACACAGGUUUACAGCCACAUGUAUCAUGACAUGCAUUUAAAUGUUCUUUAACAAGGGCAAGACAUGUAUAGUCAUGCAUCCAGUUUAUGUCAUAAAUCUCUUGGUGAUGUCAUUUAAAAGAGCAAGAGGUCUCACUCAGAAACAACCAUCGUCUUUCAAAUUAAUUUCCGUGCUUCUAUAUUAAGGACAUGUUAUGGAGAGAGUUUUCUGUGCUCUAUCUUUAUAUUGAUAUCUAGAGGAAAUCAGUGGUGUAUUUUUUCUUAAGAUAAAAAGAAAUAUUUUUCCUAGAAAUUUCCAGGCUCUUGUGGACAGAAAACUGAGAUCUCAUUGUUGGGAAAAUGGGAUCCAAACCUGCGGCCAAAUAACAUUUACAUGUCUCGCUUAUUAGCUGUUUGGUUUUACUAAUGCUAAGGCUAACUCCUGCGCUAUGAUAAAGAGAUUGCCCCUCGGGUAAAGGUGCAAGUAGCUGCCCUUUUAUUUAUGAUGCAUUGCACACAAAAAGUUAAUUGCAUCUCGUUUGCCUUUUUUCUGACCAAUUCACUUCGCCCCUUUUGAGCAAUGCAUAUGUCAGCUUGCCUUUUUGUCCAUGUGGGGGGGAUAAAAGGUUUCUUUAGUCUUAAAUUUGUGUUUUCUCACGCUAGAUGUGUCCUUGGCAAAAUUGACAAAUUUACUCCAAAAACGAGCGUGAACAACGGGAGCAGCAAAUCAGACACUUUGUUCACUGAUAAUAACUUUUGCUGCUUGUCAUGACUCAUGCCUUCGCUUUGUCAGAGCAGUUCACAAAAACAAAAUGACUCCAGUGAUGAUGGCUCGUAUGCCUGUCAAUUGUGGUCCUUUUUGAAAAAAAAAGAAAGAAAGAAAAGAAAAACACACCCAGCAGAAGUUAUAAAACAUACUCACUUUGCAUGGACUUAGUCAUAAACUGAAUGAACGAGAAGACGUUGCAGAAAGUGCCAACACACAUCUAAGAGACUGCUUUGUGGUCUUUAUUGAGUAGAAAACCACACAUGAUUGUUUAUGGAUUUCAAGUCAUUUGUAAGACGUUUGCGAUGGAUGGAGAAAUGGAAUCAGAUUUUUCUGUGGUUAGUUACAUAUGACAGACUUGAUUCUUGUCAGUGUCAAAUUUUCUCUGUGUCCUACUUGUUACAAUGUUCUAGUUACCUACAAGCUUAUUUUUAAUUUGCUGUGGUGCAAGCUGCUGCUUUACUGUUCCACACAAUCAAGGGCUGUUGAUUGGUCCACCACUGGCUGGAAUGGGUUUAAAACGUUCUUAUGCAAAGGCCCACUUUCUGAACCCAGAUAGGGGACCAGGAAGUAAGCAGGGACAAAUAAGGGAGAGGGAUAUGAAAGUGUUUCUAUGUUUGGUGGAUGUUGCCCAUUCAUCAGCUAUGGAUUGCACAGAAAUUGUUAAGAAAAAAGCCCAUUGUUGAUUUGAUUUGAUUUUUGCUGAGCAUGUUUUGCAUUAGAUGCAGAGAGCAGUUUUAACAUGUUACUUGGACGGCAGGCAUGACGUUUACUUUAUAGACCUUAGACAUGUAAUGCAAAAUACAAGGACAUUUCCAUUGUUGCCUCUCCAUCUUAAAGUCACACAGCGCGGGUUCAGACACAGCGAGUAUUGUAGGAGUGUGAAUGGAGCGUCUCGGUGAUAACAACAACGUUCCUGCCAGUCUCUGUGAUUUGGCUGUAUGUGACAUUGUUCCGUUCUCUUGAUUCAAGCACAGAUUUUCAACUGUACUCACUUUGCCUGCUACAAAAGAAGGAAAAAGGUCAAAAUACAUUGUACUUUUGACUACAUGAGCAUUUAAUGCACAGCAUUUUGAAUGAUUACAAUAUAUUUUUUCUUGUUAAAGGAACCAUAAACAUCAGGGAAACGUCUGCUGUUACAUGUUUUCGUAACACUGUUGUUGACACCACUUUGAAGCCAUUAUUAACCCUCAAAGACCGAGACGGCUGCUGGCGGCUAAAAAUAUCUAUUGUUCUGAAAUAUUAAUAACUUCUGAACAGCUAAUUCUAUCCAUGUGCUUUAAAAACUCGUGUAAAGGAGGUUUUUUGUCUUGUUUGGGCAUUCAGGGCCCGCAUAGUAAACAUUUUUACACAACCAUUAUCUGUUGCAUUGAUUGAUCUAAAAAACCCAUGUAGUUUCUUCCUCUGGUACAACAGGCAAUGGUUGCAGAUGAGCUACAUUUGUUCCUCCAUGUUUAUUUAGUGACCUUUCUCUUUCCUGUUAGAUGAAGCAAAUGUGAAAAAUUGGGAUUCUAAAUCUGUCUGACUGACACUUAAAUCUCUCCUAUGGCAUUUGAUGCUGACUGCUCGAAUGGGGUAUGAAAAACGGCAAAUACAGGAGAGUCAGGUGGCCCCCAAAACUUGUUCUAGGUCUUUGAGGGUUAAGUAAAAGAAUGAAUCGCUGUCAUGUAUGCGUCUUUGAAAAUGUUCCAAUGUUAAUCCCGAGGGGCCUGCAGCCAUAUGUUAUCAGUCACUGGGUGAGAAAGAGAAAUGCGUAUUGAAUGAAAUGUGUUCAAUUUGUGUUGGAGCACCACUGUUGCUGUAACCUUUUGAAUGGAAGUCUGGGAAAAGUGUUUUUGUCUGUUCUUAGAGCUGUGCAAUAACCCAUGCCUGUAAUGGAUUCUAACUGCCAUCCAAAGCACUGUAUUUAUUUCCUUUUAUUAAAAAGCGUUUCUUUUUUGGAUACAAG